AGCUAAGCCGCUUACACUUGACAUAAUCUGAUGGCACUGUUUUCUAAGAGUGAUGUGGAGACAGCAAAACCAAAGGUGCAUGGACUAACAUGCAUUUGAAUUUAUUUAUUUUUUUCUUUGUACAUUUGUUUAUGAAUUUCUGUAAAAGAUGUCAGAGAGACAAGGGCAGCAACAACAAAGGCAGGUGCAGAGAAAAAAUACAGAACCAACAGAGGUGCAGUCAUUAUAAGCUCAGACUCACUCAUUCACCCAUCCACCACAUAGCAAAUUUUGUGAAGAGGUGGCAGAAAAUAAAAGAACACAACUCUCUUACUACUUACUAGUACUAGCCCAUUACCAUUAGCAUUAGCAUUAUCCAUCCAUGCACAGUACAAGAAUCUUCAACCCCUCAUCACCCUCUUAAAUAACAUCAUCAAAAUAAACUAUUCCUCCAUCUAGAAAAGAAAGAAAAAAAAAUCCUUUUUUAGUCAUACACAAAAAUGUUGAGUGCAAGUUCAAGAAAUAGGUCCCCUUUCACACCAAAUCAAUGGCAAGAACUUGAACAACAAGCUCUUGUUUUUAAAUACAUGGUUACUGGAACACCUGUUCCACCAGAUCUCAUUUACUCUAUCAAGAGAAGUUUAGACACUUCAAUCUCUUCAAGAAUCUUUCCACAUCCUCCCAUUGGGUGGGGAUGUUUUGAGAUGGGAUUUGGCAGAAAAGUAGACCCAGAGCCAGGGAGGUGCAGAAGAACAGAUGGCAAGAAAUGGAGAUGUUCAAAGGAAGCAUAUCCAGACUCUAAAUACUGUGAAAGACACAUGCACAGAGGUAGAAACCGUUCAAGAAAGCCUGUGGAACAACAACUAGUAGUUUCUUCUACAAACACAACCUCUUUAACAAACACAACAUCAUCAUCAUCAUCUCCUUAUACUAAUAGAAACAUCUCCUUGAACAACAACAACAGUAACUUAACUUCUUCUUUUCCUUUUUCUACUUCAAUGACUUGUCAUGAUCAGUCACAACAACAGCAACAACCCUUUUCACAAUCUUACCAAAACUCUUCUCUAAACCCUUACUUUUACUCUCAACAAUCAAACUCUUCUAAACCCCUUGAUCAUUCUGAUUUUCAAUCUCAAGAUGCUACUACUCAUCAUCUCUUUUUGGACUCUUCAUCUUAUUCUCAUGAUGAUAAAGACUAUAGGAGGCAAGUUCAUGGAAUAAGGGAUGGUGUGGAUGAGAGAACUUUCUUUCCAGAAGCAACAGGGUCUUCUAGGAGCUAUCAUCAAUAUGGUUCAUAUAAUGAACAACUACAAGUGAAUCCUUUUAAGUCAUAUUCAAGUUCACAGCAAUUUCAGAACAUCAAUGAUAACACAAGACAGCAAGAACAGCAACAAGAACAACACUGUUUUGUGUUAGGCACUGACUUCAAAUCAACAAGACCAACAAACAAGGACAAAGAAAGUGAGACAACUCAGAAACCACUUCAUCAUUUCUUUGGUGAGUGGACACCAAAGAACACUGAUUCUUGGCUAGAUCUUGCUUCCAACUCCAGAAUCCCAACAGAUGAGUGAAGUUAUUAUUUUGAUGAUAAUGAGUUGCUGGUGGAUAAUGCCACAGGAGAGACUUAAAGAUCAAAAUGUUAUGUGUGGCUGGGGUGAAUUUUAUUUAGAAAAAAGGUGUGAUCUUUAUUAAUAUGUUAUGUAGGGGACCACAUUAAGAUUUUUUUGUGUCUUGAUAUAUUUAAUUAUAUAAUAUGCUUUUUCCUUUCUUCUCCUUGAAGAAAAGUUAAAAAAAACAUGUCUCAGAUUUUCACACUUAAGUUGUUUGACUGGAAAGCAUAUUAAGUUUGUAUACUUUUUUGAAAUUGGGUGGUAGUAGCAAAUAUCAAUCAAUCAAGGACAAUUUCAAAUUAAGCUUUCU